AUGAACACUUUGGAAGGUAACAUCCCACCUGAACUCUCUGCAUGUUCCCAGCUCCAAAUUCUGGGCUUGUGGAACAAUUCCCUCCGUGGAGAGAUCCCACAUAGCCUUAGCCAACACAAGCGCCUUCAAGAGAUUAACCUUGGCAACAACAAGCUCCAGGGGAGCAUCCCUCUUGCUUUCGGAGACCUUCCUGCACUGCGCAUACUAGUUCUCGCCAAAAAUAUGCUUACCGGCACCAUACCGCCGUCUUUGGGCAGCAGUCGCCAUCUCACAUAUGUCGAUCUUGGGACGAAUGCCCUCGGAGGGGUCAUCCCACAGUCCUUGGCAAAUAGUUCAUCUCUUCAAGUACUUCGGCUCAUGAGCAAUGGUCUUACUAGGGAACUCCCAAAGGCUCUGCUCAACACUUUGUCACUUGGUGCCAUUUGCCUUGAAAAGAACAAUUUUGUUGGUUCGAUACCUUCUGUUACUGUCGCAUCGUCCCCUAUUAAGCAACUCUCUUUAAGGUUUAACAAUCUUUCAGGAGGAAUACCUUCCUCACUAGGGAACCUUUCUUCCCAAGUUCAUCUUUAUCUUACAAACAAUCAUUUAGUUGGGAGCAUCCCAGAGAGCUUAGGUUAUAUUCCAACCCUAGAGAUAUUGACCUUGACUAUGAACAACUUAUUUGGGCCGGUUCCACCAUCUAUCUUCAAUAUGUCAUCCCUGAAAAGUCUCACCAUAGCAAAAAACUCACUUGUCGGCAGAUUACCUUUUGACAUUGGCUACACCCUCCCCAAUGUCCAGGACCUGAUAUUCUCAUAUAACAGUUUUGAUGGACCAAUCCCAGCCUCUCUUCUCAAAGCAUACCACCUACAAAGGCUUGACCUGAACACUAAUAGAUUUACUGGAUUCAUACCAUUCUUCGGCUCAUUGCCAAAUUUAGUGCUACUCGAUUUGGCAAUCAACAAACUAGAAGCAGAUGAUUGGGGCUUUGUCUCUUCACUAUCUAACUGCUCCAGAUUGAACAUGCUGGCCCUGGAUGGGAACAAUCUCAAUGGGAAAUUGCCAAGUUCUAUUGGAAAUCUUUCAAAUAGUCUUGACUACUUGUGGCUAAGUAGCAACAAAAUUUCUGGACCUAUACCACCGGAGAUUGGCAACCUUAAGAGUCUCAGUGGCUUGUAUAUGGGUCACAAUCUUCUCACUGGUAAUACACCAUCAACAAUUGGGAAAUUGUACAAAUUGGUCGAUCUAUCCUUUGCGCAAAACAGGCUUUCGGGUCAGAUUCCAGAUAUCGUUGGCAAUCUUGUCCAGCUGAGCAUACUGGAAUUGGAUCAUAACAGCUUCAGUGGAAGAAUACCUGCAAGUAUAGCACGAUGCACUCAACUCACCAUACUCAACCUUGCUCACAACUCACUAGAUGGUCAUAUACCAAGUAAAAUCUUGACAAUCCCUACGUUUUCUAAAGUGCUGGACUUGUCAAACAACUACUUGUCUGGAGGAAUGCCAGAUGAAGUUGGAAGUCUCCUUCAUCUGAAGAAAAUCAACAUGUCAAAUAACAGGUUGACUGGCAACAUCCCAUCAACUCUCGGCCAGUGUGUUGACCUGGAGUAUCUUGAGAUGCAGAACAACUUAUUUGCAGGAAGGAUUCCAAAAACAUUUGCCAACUUAGUCAGCAUAAAACACAUGGAUAUUUCUGGGAACAACUUGUCUGGAAAAGUACCAGAGUUCCUCAAAUCCUUGAAAUCACUGCACGGCCUGAAUUUAUCAUUCAACCAUUUUGAUGGAGCAGUUCCGACAGGCGGUGUUUUUGACAUCGCUGGUGCAGUCUCAAUCGAAGGAAAUGAUCAUCUGUGUACAAUAAUCCCAAAGACAGGUAUGUCUCUUUGUAUGGCACUGGCUGACAGCAAAAGAAAGCAGAAGCUACUGGUUCUAGUCCUAGUGAUUCUAUUGCCAAUUGUUUUUGCCUCUGCAAUACUUUUCUCUUGUAUUGCAACAAUUUAUAGGACGAAAAGGAUGCAAGCAAAUCCCCAUUUGCAGCAUGACAAUGAGCACAUAAAGAAGCUACAGAAGAUAUCAUUUGAGAAGAUAUCGUAUGAAGACUUGGUAAGGGCAACUGCUAGGUUUUCUUCUGCAAACUUAAUUGGCUAUGGAUCAUUUGGAAGGGUUUAUAAGGGAAGUCUGUAG